UAGUCAUAUUUAUAUUUAUAAAUCUUAGUUUGACACUAUCAGGAGUCUAAGUCAUCUUGAAGUAAGGCUUUUGACUGUCUUGCCUCACCUAUUUACCUAUACCUACUUAUAAGGAAAUAAGUACACAAAGCUGAUCAGGUGAUAUGUGUAACAAUCAGCUGUUGUAAUGAUUGUACAGAGGUGGCCACAUUAAAUGUACUGACAGUUAAGACGCACGAUAUGUUAUUGGUGUCAUGUGUUGCAACUGAAAAGUGAUGAUGAUGCGAUGUUUCAAAGACAAGCAAAUUAAAUUAUCAGUUGUAAGUUUCUGUGUAUCAAGUUGACUUUUCGCAAGAAUUUAAAGACACAAGACAAGUGAAUUACUAUAGACUUGUAAAACUGUGCCACUGUGAUGAAUUGUCUUCUGGGUACACUUGGCGUGAAAUAUGUGUGAAACUAGAUGAUUUAAGAUUAACUUGAUUGCUAAUUAAUUCUGUGACCUUAAUUACAAACUUGAAUACCAUCUGAAUGUUGAAGGUUAAAUCGACACUAAAGAUGACAUCAGGAGUGCUGUUUGUUGUCAAUUUCUGGAAAGGUAGACGGAAGGAUAAAGAUUCCCCAACCCCUCCUGCUGCAGAGGAAAGUAAACGAUACCUGGAGGACACGUGUAUAAAGGAACGAGUGACGGAUGCCGACUUCUUCAGACUGGUAUCACUUCCACACAGUCUAGAUAAAAACGAGUGGCUAGCAACACAUGCAAUCUCAUUUUUUAAUCAUGUGAACCUUGUGUAUGGUGUGGUGUCCGAGUACUGUAACUCAGAGACAUGCAGUACCAUGACAGGCCCAGGGAAUGUGCAAUUUCUGUGGUAUGAUGACAAAGGCAAGAAAUACAAGUACAGUGCUCCUCAAUAUGUAGACAUUGUCACCACAAACAUUCAGAGAGAAAUCUCCAAUGAAACUGUCUUUCCUACAAAGUUUGGUCAAACUUUUCCAAGCACAUUUGAGUCCACAGUGAAGAAGAUUCACAAAUAUUUGUUCCACAUUCUAGCCCAUAUAUAUCAUGUACACUACAGUGACUUUGUAACACUACAGAUGCACGGGCAUCUAAACAGCCUGUUUACUCAUUUCAUGGUGUUCAAUAUCAAAUUUGACCUUCUUGAGGAGAAAGACUACGAAGUAGUGCAGGACUUACUGAAGGGACUAAUUCAGCUUCUUCCAGAUCCCAAUCAAAAUGAGGGCAAAGAGAACACAGCGCCAUCUUCAGACAAGGACAAUAACUGUGUCAGUAUGGAAGUUUCUCCGACACACAUAUAAAACAAUGUGAUAUGUAGUUAUUAUACAUCGUAAUAUUUUGUGAUGUGUACUUGGGAUCGUUGUAUGUUACAAUUAUUGUUUUUGAUAUUUUUCGACAUCAAAUCGGGUGGGUGUUUUGUUAGGACAGAGAUGUGAUGGUUGUCCAAUAAACUGGACAGAUGGAAACUUUUCAUUAGGAAAUGAAUGCUUGAAAGCAACCUUUUUAUUUUCAUCGUUAACAUCCUGCAGUAUUUUUGGUUCAUGAUUUUUGAAGUAGCUUGGCCUUAGACUAAAUAGGAAUGAUAAUUCUCUUUCAUUAUUUAAUAAUUUUAGUUAUUUUUUUAACUAAAAACAGCUAAAAUGGCUUUCAGUUUUCAGAAUUUGGCUGGGAUUGGUUUGGGUGGUGAGGCCAGCUGGUAGGACAGUAUAUAUUUGACAAGUGCUUUCCGUCCAUUUUAGCAGUAAUGGCUUACAUCAGUUAACACAAAUAAUCUUACAUCAGAGCUUUUACUUAGCAAGCAGGAAUCUUACUUCAUUAUAAAUACCUCAUGAAUGAAAUGGAUAUUUAUUUUCGUUUGUUUUAGGAAUGGAUUAUACUCCAGGUUUCUCCCAUCACAUUUGUUUUGUGAGGAAAAUAACCUGCAUCCUAUAAGCUGCCUUGUUUCUUAAAAUACUCAAACUCUUCUCAAAAUAGACACAUUUUUUCGCAGUCUUGAAAGUUGGUAACAGAGUUUUUGCUAAAAACUUCUUAUAAUUACAACAAAAUUUUUUUUUUGAUUCUUGAAAAUCAAUUAUUGAUGCCAAAACAUGUCUAGAAAUGGUAAAAAUUGUGUUGCAUGCACUAAUAAUGAUUAACACUGUAAUCUUGCAUCACUGUCUUUCUCCAAGGAUCUCAUGCAGUUGUUUUUUUGUGAUGUAGAUAGGAAUCUGUACAUAGCUGUAUAAAAGUGUACAUAGAAUGACAUGAUGUAUAUGAAUGUUAAACAGUUGACCUUAUGUUGCAAGCUGGCCUUCGUAAGCUGUAUAUCUAUGAGACUUUGGGAAUUGCUGAUUCUGACAAACUUCAUUGUUAAUGUUUAUAGGUGACAAAUAGCAAGUUAAAAAUGUUGGACAGCAAUUUUUUUAUUUAUUUGUAUUUUUUUAAUGGUAUAUAUAUACAAUAGUUUUUGUUGAUUAUGUACCGCACAUGCCUAUUCUGAUGUUUGUUCAUUGUUGUGAUAAGUUUCUAUGGAAAUGAUAUGUUCUGCUGGUGUCCAAUGGUCAUGAAAUUUAAUAAAAUAAGUUUUUUUGCAAGCUUUGAAAAUCAGUUUAAUUCAGGCUACAUUAUUCAACAACAAGUCAGCAGAUACAGAAAUUGAACUAUGCUUGCUUCUGAUCCUUUAAGUUCAGAUCAUUUGGCCAGCAGAAAAUAUCCAUUUCAAGGUAUACAUAUCCUACAAAGUGCUUGAAAUAUGAAAGCUGAUAGACCAAGGAAAGUGAGGAGGAACAUUGUACAAACAAAAUAUUUUCCUGAUAAAGUUUGAAAGUUUCUGUUGGGGGAUGGUUAGUCAAAUGUUAGUGCUUUUUGAAAAGGAAUUAUUGCAACAGAUUCUCUUACAUUUGUACCAGUAUUUAUUGUGAAAACUCAAAAUAUUACUAAGCUCUCUGUAUUUCAACUACAUUAUAUUGUAGUUUUUAGUGAAUGUGCUAUUCAAAUAGCUUACCAUAGAACUGAUUGCACAAAGAUAAUAAUUGAGCAGUUUUGCCUAUAGCAGAAAAGAGCUGUCUUCAACAGAAAGUGUGCAUUUGAUACUGCAUGCACAUUUCUGUUGAAAGAUUGCCUUUCAGAAAUUUAUGUGAAGAAAUUCGAGAUAGGAAAAAAAUAUUUGUUAUUGUUGUAACUUAAAUAUAGUUCUAAAUAAUCAAGAAGAUAUAAAUGUAUAUUAAUUUAAUGUGUAUAUUCUAAGGGUUAGUGGGUAAUUUUCAGUGUUAGUGUGUAUUUUUAUUUUUUGCCCACUUGCUUAACCCAUGCAGUAACAUUCCUUAAGUGACACCAGGCUUUCCAUAACAAACUAGAUUUACUGAAACAUUAAUAAUUGUUAAAAUUAUCGGUAACUCAUUUGGUAACCUUCUAAGACAAAUGAUUUUUUCAGAUAACAUUUUUUAUGGAUGAUUUAAUUAACAAGUAGAAACUGGCACAUGUUAUAUUUGCAUUACUCUGAUCCACAAGAAUGUUUUGAAACAGCUAGUCUUUGUCCAGAAUUGACCAAAGUUAUAACAUGUUUAUUUUAAACUGAUGAACUUUAUGUUGAAUGCAAGGCUAGAUAAUUUUUGUUAACUUGUAAAAGUAAUGCAGAGAUUCAGAGUGAAAGCUAGGGAAGACAGAUAUUGGCUUAAAAACAAAAACAAAAAAUAAUAAUUAAAAAUAGUGAAAUCUGUUGUGAUGUAUAAUUAUCACAAUUCACAGAUAUGGAGAGUAAUGCAUGUUUAAGUUAGAAAUGUCCCCAGUGUUAAACACAAUGUGUCGAGUUUGAUGCCAAAAUCAUUGAAUUUGUAGAAUUGUUUUAUUAAUGUUAUCAAUAGUGGAAUCACUUGAGAUAAAGUGAUAUAGCAUAGCAUAUACCCUAUAUGUUUGACAUCCACUGUUCUGCAAAUAUUGUUCCAUAAGAUACCUAGUUAAUACAUGUAAGUGUGAUAUGUUUUAUAUGUAAUAUACUAAUGAGGUUAGCAAAACAAAAGUGCAUACUGAUCAUUACUAUAUGUAGUAUAUAAAACAUGAUUUUCAAAGAUAACUAUCCUAAGAAUUGGUUUCUCCCAUUACCAAAGAAUUGUAUUCUGUUUAAAUUUUAAAUUUUUCAUCGAGGCAAAAUGUUGAAGGUGCCAAAUAUUAUCAAUAUUUUGAUUUACAAGUUAAUUUUCUUUUGUAAAUGAAAAAUGGAUGAAAUUUUGAGUGAAAACAUUUCUAAAACUGGGAAGGGUUUCCUCCUAAAAAUUAAAAAAGCUGUUUAACUGUUUAACAAGAUUUUUUUGUUAGUUCAAAAUUACAUGUUCACCAGAAGGAAGUUAGUAGGGUUAUUACUGUAGUGAAAAUGACUGUGUAGGUUCAUUACUUUAGGUAAGAUCAAGUUUGUACAUGCACAAAGAUGAGUGGGUGUCUUAGAAUUUUUUAUUUAGGAUCAAUAGUCAUGAAUAAGGCUUUGGUGAAAGUUAGCGUUGUAUAUUCCUUAAUGAUAAAAUGAUAUUAAGAAAUCCAACAGUUAUGCACUCAUCCACUCUCAAUUGUUUUUUUUUUCUUCAUGGAGGUUAGAAUGAAUAUUUUUCUUCAAAAACAUGACAUUUUCUUAAAUAGAAAGUUUUUUUCUUACCAUACAUUAUUAUUAAUCAAAAUAAACGGACAUUUUUCCCCUUGUUUUAAUCAAUGUAAUAUCAAAUAUAAAUGUUUUGUUCUAGUCUACAUUAUUUUCAUUUACAUAGUUUUUUAUGCUUUGAUUGUGCUUAUUGGAGUUUAGUAUGUUUUAAAUUUGCACUAUAACAGCAUUGAUAAGAAACAUAUUUCUGUUCACAUUUAGUAAUGGCCAUAGUAAGAUACUGACAUUUGAAGUCAGUAGUGAAUUGUUAAAAUUACAUACCCCUGCAAAUAUCAAGCAAAUGAUGGAGUUGUUGUAUAGAACAAUUUGUGUGCAAUAAACUGUUACAUUUGAUGCUAAAUAGCUGGUAGAAGUUAUCUACCCAAUAAAUGUGAAAUAUCGUGUUG